UCCUUUUUCCCUAGUCUUCCUUUUAUCAUUGAUGGACCUAGAAAAACUUUUCUUGCUGCUCUUGAUGUCCCUGGUCAGAUUUAAUUCUGUCAGGGCUUUAGCUUUUCUAACCUGAUCCCUGGCUGUUCAGACAAUUUUUCUGUAUUCCUCCCAGGCUACUUGUCCUUGCUUCUACCAUCUCUAGACUUCCUUUCUGUGUUUGAGUUUGUCCAGGAGCUCCUUGUUCAUUUGUGCAGGCCUCCUGGUGUUUUUACCUGACUUCCUCUUUGUUGGGAUGCACCACUCCUGAGCUCGGAGGAGGUGUUCUCUGAAUAUUAACCAGCUUCCUUGGUCCCCUCUUCCCUCCAGGGCUUUAUCCCAUGGUACUCUACCAAGCAGAUCCCUGGAGAGGCCAAAGUCUGCUCUCCUGAAAUCCAGGGUAGCAAGCUUGCUGUGUGUCCUCUUCUCUGCCUUAAGGAUCUUGAACUCCACCAUCUCCACCAUUUCAUGGUCACUGCAGCCAAGGCUGCCCUUGAGCUUCACAUUAUCUACCAGUCCCUCCUUGUUGGUGAGAACAAGAUCCAGCAUAGCACCUCUCCUCAUUGGCUCCUCUGUCACUUGGAGAAGGAAGUUAUCAUCAAUGCAAACCUCCUGGAUUGUUUAUGCCCUGCUGUACUAUCCCUCCAACAGAUAUCAGGGUGGUUGAAGUCCCCCAUGAGGACCAGGGCUCGUGAACAUGAGGCUGCUUCUAUCUGUAUAUAGAGGGCCUCAUCUGCUUGGGUCUUCCUGUUGGGUGGCCUGUAGCAGACCCCCACUAUAAUGUCACCUGUCCCUGUCUUCCCUUUAAUCCUGACCUAUGAGCUCUCGGUUGGUUCCUCAUCCAUCCCCAGGCAGAGCUCCCUGUACUCCAGCUGGUCAUUGACAGAGGGCAACACCCCCUGCCUGUCUUUCCUAAAGAGCCUGUAUCCUUUCAUUCCAACGCUCCAGUCAUAGGAGCCAUCCCACCAUGUCUCCGUGAUGCCAAUAAGAUCAUAGCCCUGCACGUGUGCACGCAUCUCUAACUCCUCUUGUUAUUCCCCAAGCUAUGUACGUUUGCAUAGAGAUCUUUGUGUUCAGGCAAAGGGAAGACUGUUGCUUCCUCUUUAUCUCCCCAUAGACGUACUAGCUAAGGAGAGUGGCAUUGACCCUGAGUUCCUCUAGUAGCCAGCUUUAAAAAAAAAAAAAACCCAAACAACAAAACAAACAAACAAAAAAACCCAAACACCUUCAUGAUGUGGUACACUGGAAACUUGGUUUUCAACAUCAGUGUUGAGUUUUUUGAGUCACCUUAUUCUGUGAAGUGGUAGCAGAGCUGAAUAAGUAUGUAUUUUUUUUUUUAAAUAGAAAAGAUGGGAUUGUGCUUUCUAGUCCUACCCUCCAACCCCACCAACACCCUUUUUUGACAUUAGGAUUAAGCAUAUUAUCACCAAAAUAACUUUUUUUUUUUUUUUUCAUUCAGGAAAAAAGCGAAGCUUUGCUGUCUGCUUGAGAAAUUUAAAUGACACUUGAAACUGAAAAAGUAUAUUCUAUUUUGUAUCACUUUGAGUCUGUGUACACCGGUAGAGCUGUUGAACCAAGAUUCAGAUCAGUCCAUCAAGCUAAACUCUCCAGCCUGCAAUUAUUUCCAACUACUGUAUAAAAGCUUUCCACUUCCAACAUUUUUCUACAAGAUGGCAGGAUUCAUCUGUGAACAGUGCAUAACACUUUUCAUUCUCUGAUAGUUUAUUAUACAGUGGGGCUUCUUCAGCACGUGUCACCACUUCUUCAUCUGGUGGCAUUCCAAAGUCUACCUUCUGGCCAACCUGUAAUCACUUCUAAGAUCCCUAGGCAAUAGGGACUUUCUAUUCAAGCUUGUGUGAUCAGUGCAAUCCACUCCAUGUAGCAUCAGUUGCAUGAUUCGUAGAGGGAACCUUCCCUUUGAACAUCCAGCCCAGUAUUGGCAGUAGAGGUGCCAGGAGAAGCUGUGCUUCAGUACCAAUCGCUUCUGAAGCAGCUCAGACCCCUUCAUAUGCUGCUAGUAUUUCUUUUUCAAUUGGAGUAUACUUGGCCUCAGAUCCUUUGUAUCCUUGGCUCCAAAAACCUAAGGGUCGACCUCGAGUUGCUCCUGAUGCUUUCUGCCGGAGACUCCAGGUGGGACCAUUAUGAGAGGAAGAUAGCCACUCAUAUUUGAGACUGAUAAUCAGUAGUAAAAUCUCCAGCAUGUAAGUGCUGUGGAUAAUCAUGAGGGUGUGAUUUGAAAGCGUUGACCCACUCAGCUCUGUCUGUGUUUUAGAUGGAAUGCUAUCCCUGACAUCUUGGAGGAAGGGGGUUGUGUGUUUAUGAUGCAAGGAGAAGAGCUAUUAGCUGUGUGCUUUCCUGAAGUACAAGAUGUUAUCAUAAUCAUUGUGUGAAGUCAUAGCUGUAGUGUUUUCUAAGUAAGCACUGCAGGCAGUUGCAUGCACUCCAGAGCUUAAGAGGUGAAUAGCAUAGGAAGGAAUUAAAUCUUAUUUCUGCGUAGGCAGGCUGCAGAACUCCUUCCUUUUGGGAAGUUUUCUUUCCAAGUACAGAAUUUCACAAGUUUCUUAGAUAAACUUAUGUCAUUAGGCUAACUAGCCUUUGUUCUUGAUAGGUGGUGUGUAUCGUUCAAGCAGAGCUAUUUAAAACACUUUAGUAACUUUAUGUCAAAGGCUCCAUAGCUUUAACCAUGCUAUCCUAGAGCUCUAAGGAAUAUAGAUUAGGACAAAUUAGCUUCUGAAAUGCACACAGGUUAUGUGGUCGUUCAUCGUUCAGCUUCUUUGAGAAAUGGCUAGCGACUGUUUAAUGCAGAAGUUCAGUAUCAGACAGAAACUGUUAUAUAAGUGCUUAUGGGUCUUAACUAUCUUUAUGCAAAUUCUUUGCAGGAACAAAGAAAAUUCAUCACCCUUAGAAUCAAAUCAAAUGCAAGGUAAAAAUAAACUGAAAAAGAGAAAGAUAGCCGAAACCUCUAACGUUAUCACAGAAACACUGCCAUCUGCAGAAUCGGAGCCUGUUGAAAUUGAAGUUGAGAUUGCUGAGGGGACAACUGAAGUGGAAGAUGACAGCAUAGAAACACUUGAAGUAGCUUCUGCAGAGCAAUCUAUAAAGUACAUACAGACAACGGCUACAUCAGAUGAAUCUGCUUUGGCUCUUUUGGCAGAUAUCACUAGAACACAUGAAAACACACUCUACUGAGAGUUACAAGUGUGACACAUGCAAUAAAAGGUACCUACGAGAGAGUGCUUUGAAACAGCACCUCACCUGUUACCAUCUUGAUGAAGGUGGUGCCAGCAAGAAGCAAAGACCUGGCAAAAAAAUACAUAUAUGCCAGUACUGUGAUAAGCAGUUUGACCACUUUGGACAUUUUAAAGAGCACCUCCGGAAGCACACAGGUGAAAAGCCAUUCGAAUGUCCAAACUGCCAUGAACGUUUUGCUAGGAAUAGCACACUCAAAUGUCACCUGACGGCCUGUCAGUCUGGAACUGGAGCUAAAAAGGGAAGAAAAAAGCUAUACGAAUGUCAGGUUUGUAACAGUGUGUUUAACAGCUGGGAUCAGUUUAAAGAUCACUUGGUAAUACACACCGGUGACAAACCCAACCAUUGUACCUUAUGUGAUUUGUGGUUUACUCAAGGCAGUGAGCUGAGAAGGCAUCUCAAAGACAUGCACAAUAUUUCAGAACAAAUAGUGACAGAAGAGGUUCUUCCAGCGGAAGCUGUGGAAGCUGAAGCAGUUACAUCAAUGACUAUAAUAGAACAAGUGGGGCAAGUCCAUGUCCUACCAGUAAUUCAGGUACAAGUGGAUCCUGCACAGGUAACUGUGGAACAGAUGCACCAGGAUCUCAUACAGGACAGUCAAGUGAAAGGCACACAGAUGGAGGAACUGCAACAAGUGCAAAUUAGUUACUUGGAAGUUGAACACAUUCAGACUGAACAAGGUGCUGAAGUUCAUGUGGAGCAGUUACAUGUCGAGCAUGUAAAUCAAAUACAGAUGGAAGAAGUACAGGCGGAACUUAUAGAUGGAACAAACCUGGAACAAGUACAAUAUGGAAGUGUUGAUCAAGGAGGAGCAGAAGAAAAGGAAACUAGUCAAGUAGAUGAUAUAGAUAAGGAAGAUCAUGAACAAGCUGAAGACUUAAAAACUCAACAAUUAGUGGACACACAGAAUGAAAAGGUAGAUGACUAGGACAAAUAAUCACACUGUGCAGGUUUAGGAAUUAAAUACCCAAUUAUUUUUGUUAGCUUUUAUAUUGGUUUUUGAACCAUCAGUCAUAAUCUUUCCAAUAUGCUGUCCUUAGGAAGCUGGACAAGUGGACCAAAGUUAGCUUUCUUCAUGUACAACUAAACUUUUCUCAUAUGUGAAAAAUAACUUUCCCAUUCAUGUAAUACCAUGGAACAGAAACUACCACAGAGAUAGACAGCUUUGUGAGGAUUUUAAUAAUGAAUAGCUUGUAUCACUGUGACAACAUCCCUGGGUAUUUGUAAGAGUAACUUUACCUCUUUUCCUCUUGCCAUAGAAGUAAACUGUUGUUAUGGAUUUACAAGGUGUCUGUAGCAGAACAGUCAGUGAAAUCUGGUGGUUUCUAAUGUAAGUGACUGAUCGGGUACCUGUGAAUUUUCUGGUCAGGCUGUUUGCUGUUUCCUAACAGUGGUCUGUAACUUUCAGGCUAGGGAAAAAACAAUGUUGCUGGAGGUCUCAGAGCACAAAAAUCCUGUGCCUUUUAAACAAUGGUUAAAUUUCCACAAACCUAGAGUGUUCAGUAACCUAGUUCAGUAAAAGGCAAUGUGGGUAAUGUUAUAGCGCUUUCUAGUUUUGUUUAAAAUUAUCAGCUACUGAUUUUUUUUUUUUCAUUAAGUUGGGGGGCAGAUUCCAUGUGGAGGCAGCAGGACAUUCUAAAAGGGAUGCUUUAAAUUAGGAAAAGCUUGGUAGAAUCUGUGGUAAACAUGAACUGGAAGAAAGCUACCAGCAGACUCUUCUAUUAUAAAUCGUCAUUUUGAAAAUUACUAUUUGUAAACAUAAAUGUAGAGAAGACUUGUCUGUGUGGUAUCAGGUUUCUGGUUUUGUGUUUUGUUUUUUGUUUGUUUGUGGGUUUUUUUGUGUGUUUGUUUGUUUUAAAUUAAAUUCUGACACUUGACACAAAUAUGUUGUACUAAAAGUAAAAUCCAUAGGUAUGAGUGCUAAAAUGUGGAUUGAAAAGUAGGAGUGUAAAUAUUUUAAUUAAUAUUAGACAAUAAAACAAUACCAGCUAUGAAAUAUUGCAUUAUUUGCUUCAUCCAAUAAAUUAGGAACAACUGAGUGACUGGCAAUCACAGUGCCAGAUCUCAGUGGCAAGAAUCAAUCUCAUUUUAAUAAGAGUAAUAGCUCAUUACUGUAAAGUUAAGUUUGUUUAGAAAAUACUUAUCUAGCUCUAAGGAUGCUAAGGACUUCUAAUUCUCAAUCAUUGCCUUGAGAUUAAAGGUGCCUCUAUACUUCUGAAAAACGUUCUUUUCAAAGCCUUAACUAAAGGGAGGAAUUUUUGCAAGGACGUUCCCUAAUGCCCUUUGUAAUCCUGUAGAUCUUAGUUAAAAUUAGGCCUUUCUAUUCAAUCUUCUCCAAAUGCAGAAUUAUUUCCUGACAUUUGUGCUUUUAUUUAGUCUCAUUCAAAUGAUUCUUGUGUUUCAUCGUAGCAUAGCCUUUGAGAGACUGUUGUAAAACAAACAUGAAUCUCAAUUAAAAUUUCAAACAAUUUGAUUAACAUAA